GGGGCGGCGCCGAAAGAACCCCGCGAGUCCGAGCUCGAGCCCCAGCUCCAGGCUAGCCCCAGCCCAGCCGGAUCCCUGGCCGGAGCCAGAGACCGCUGCGCGGGCUGCACUCAGCAUCCCCGGAGUCCGGCUCGGCCCGCGGCGGUGCGGCAGGUGCCGUGGGAGCUGCCCGCACACCCAGCCAGACCUCUACUGCCUGGUCCCGACCUCACCUCCCCGGGGCAGUGGCCACCAUGUUCUCGUGCGUGAAGUCCUACGAGGACCAGAACUACUCGUCCCUGAAGCGGGCCUGUCUGCGCAGGAAGGUGCUCUUUGAGGACCCCCACUUCCCGGCCACCGAUGACUCGCUCUACUACGCGGGCGCCCCAGGGCCCACCGUUAGGUGGAAGCGGCCCAAGGACAUCUGUGAGGACCCCCGCCUCUUUGUGGAUGGCAUCAGCUCCCAUGACCUGCACCAGGGCCAGGUGGGCAACUGCUGGUUUGUGGCUGCCUGCUCGUCACUCGCCUCCCGUGAGUCACUGUGGCAAAAGGUCAUUCCAGACUGGAAGGAGCAGGAGUGGGACCCUGAGAAGCCCAACGCCUAUGCAGGCAUCUUCCACUUCCACUUCUGGCGCUUUGGGGAGUGGGUGGAUGUGGUCAUCGAUGACCGGCUGCCCACGGUCAACAACCAGCUCAUCUACUGUCACUCCAACUCCCGCAACGAGUUCUGGUGUGCCCUGGUGGAGAAGGCCUAUGCCAAGCUGGCGGGCUGUUACCAGGCUCUGGAUGGAGGCAACACGGCCGACGCACUGGUGGACUUCACCGGGGGUGUUUCUGAGCCCAUCGACCUGCUCGAGGGUGACUUCACCAGCGAUGAGGCCAAGAGGAACCAGCUUUUUGAGCGUGUGCUGAAGGUGCACAGCCGGGGAGGUCUCAUCAGCGCCUCCAUCAAGGCGAUGACGGCGGCCGACAUGGAGGCCCGCCUGGCAUGUGGCCUGGUGAAGGGCCACGCGUAUGCUGUCACCGACGUGCGCAAGGUGCGCCUGGGCCACGGCCUACUGGCCUUCUUCAAGUCAGAGAAGCUGGACAUGAUCCGCCUGCGCAACCCCUGGGGCGAGCGGGAGUGGAACGGGCCCUGGAGCGACACCUCAGAGGAGUGGAAGAAAGUGAGCAAGAGUGAGCGGGAGAAGAUGGGUGUAACUGUGCAGGACGACGGAGAGUUCUGGAUGACCUUCGAGGACGUGUGCCGAUACUUCACCGACAUCAUCAAGUGCCGCCUGAUGAACACGUCCUACCUGAGCAUCCAUAAGACGUGGGAGGAGGCCCGGCUGCACGGUGCCUGGACGUGGCACGAGGACCCGCAGCUGAACCGCAGCGGGGGCUGUGUCAACCACAAGGACACCUUCUUCCAGAACCCGCAGUAUAUCUUUGAUGUCAAGAAGCCGGAAGAUGAGGUGCUGAUCUGCAUCCAGCAGCGGCCAAAGCGGUCCACCCGUCGGGAGGGCAAGGGCGAGAACCUGGCCAUUGGCUUUGACAUCUACAAGGUGGAGGAGAACCGCCAGUAUCGCAUGCACAGCCUGCAGCACAAGGCUGCCAGCUCCAUCUACAUCAACUCACGCAGCGUCUUCCUGCGGACGGACCAGCCCGAGGGCCGCUACGUCAUCAUCCCCACCACCUUCGAGCCCGGCCACCGGGGCGAGUUCCUGCUUCGUGUCUUCACUGAUGUGCCCUCCAACUGCCGGGAGCUGCGCCUGGACAAGCCCCCCCACUCCUGCUGGAGCUCCCUGUGCGGCUACCCACAGCUGGUGACCCAGGUGCACGUCCUGGGGGCUGCCGGCCUCAAGGACUCCCCAACCGGGGCUAACUCUUAUGUGAUCAUCAAGUGUGAGGGGGACAAGGUCCGCUCGGCCAUACAGAAAGGCACCUUGACACCUGAGUACGAUGUGAAAGGCAUCUUUUACCGCAAGAAGCCUGGCCAGCCCGUCACUGUCCAGAUCUGGAACCACCGUGUCCUGAAAGAUGAGUUCCUGGGCCAGGUGCACCUGAAGGCUGACCCAGACAACCUCCAGGCCCUGCACACCCUCCACCUCCGAGACCGGAGCAGCCGGCAGCCCAGCGACCUCCCUGGCACGGUUGCUGUACGCGUCAUCAGCAGCGCCUCCCUCAUGGCUGUGUAACACCUGCCUGCCUAAUGGUGGGCCCAGCCGUUCUCACCACCACCUGCAUGUCCCCAAAAGCCAGGGGCUAGCCCGGGAGCCAGGACCCUGGGUGUUCUCAGCUUUCCCACUGACUUGCUGGGAGGUCUCUGCUCCUCUCUGGGCCUCAGUGCCCCAAGGACCCCAAGCAUUCCCUUCUCAUGGAGGAGUCUUCUUGCCUGAGAUUUAAAAUAGCCCAUCACCACUGCUAAGGGACUCUAUCUGUUGAAGACAUUUUUCCCAGGCCCUGCUGUGUGCCGAUGGAGUGCCAAGAUGUCACUUGUUUACACACAAGCUGCCAUGUCCCCAAGCCCCCAUCCCAGCCACCGUGAAAGGACUCUUGGCUCCUGCUGGGUUCCUGCUCAGGCUGAAAUUCAGGAAACAUGCAGGUGGCAUUUGUUCAUUCUGUGAACAUGCCCGUUCAUCUGUCCAUUUAGUCAUUCAAUAGAGAUUUGCCAAAUGAAUCAAUGAUGACCCACAUGGAGCUGGGUCCUGACCCUGCCUCUGCCUGGGGCCUGUGCCUCUACUCUCAGGCCCUCUGCAAGGCAGACACACAGAGGGGCUGCAGCCGCCUUCUCGUGCCAGGACCUGAUUUCCUUCCCAGCCUCUGGUUUAAGGCUCCGGAGAAGGGGUGGCAGUGGUCACCAGGAAGUGUGACUCCUGUCUUCACUCCUGAUGUCCGAGGGGGUGUGCUGGUUUAAUGGGCUGGGGCCAGGCAGGUGGAGGGGCAUGGAGAGCUGGGGUGGGGGGCACGUGCUCCUGCUCCCAGGGCCCCUCUGCUGCUAGAUCCAGGCUUUUCUGGGAGAAGAGGCUCUGGGAGGGGUGGGGGUGUUCUCAGGCCUGCUGGGUUAGGUCACCCAUUGGGGUUGGCAGGAGAUAGGCAAAGCCAUCAUUAAACCAGAGGCCCCUCUGCCAACAUUCCCCCCAAAACACAGCCAAGGAGGAUGCAGCCCCCUUCUUGCUGCCUGGACCAAAAUGUUCCUUCAGUUCUCAGUUUUAUGUUCUUUUUGUUUUAAAAUCUCAAUUUUAACAAGGAUUUUUUCCAAAACCAUGAAAGCCUGAAUCCCUUUUUUCUUCUUAGACUCCAGUUCUUCAGGUCUUCUGCAUAUAUUUUAUUCCGCUUAGGGAGGGACAUGGUACAAAUCUGGAGGCAGCUGAAGAAGAGGGUGUCUUGUAUUUGGGGAUUUUGCAAGCUGGCACUGACUGUGUGUUCUUAGAGAACUUUGUGUUGAUUUCCAGAGCCCUGACUUGCUUAGGGUCUCUUCUGUGUCCUUCUUGGGCUUCCAGACAAGCAAAGGAAAAAGUGUAGUUGGUUCAAGAAUGCAAGAUCCUGUGGCUUUGCCUGGGAAUUCCUUUUGGGAAUCUUGAGUUUUUGACUCUACGUCUUACUGUUUUGGUCCAGUGUGCUGGCUGGAGGUGCUGGAUGCUUGGACUUUGACUCCUCACUCCAGGGCCAGCUCUGCUCUUUUGUGCCCUGGGCCACAUGAGGGAACAGGAGCUGAAAGAAGAGAAGAGGAUUCCGUCUUCCAACCUGGGACUCCCACUCAAGAACCGGGCCCAGAGCUGGGACUCUGUGUGUGACCAGGAGAAGUCACUCAAACCUCCUGUGCCUCAAUUUCCCCCUUCUGCAAAGUGGGGCCAAUGAUUCUUGUCUGUCAAGCACUCUUACUAACAAGUACUGAAUAAGGGCAAAACAAUACCCCUUUCUCUAUGUAUCUCUGUACAUGUACCACUAUAUACACAUUCAUGUAAUCACCACUUCUCAAUGUCUGUUUCAAAUUAAGAAUUCUGAGUGGGGAAUGGAGAGGUGAGGGCCAGGUGAGCCAGGUUGGGGCCUCUGGGGCUGAUGUCUGAAAUCUUGGCUCAGCCAUGUCCUCCUGGGCUACAGGGACAAACAAGGAUCAACUGGCACCCUGUGUGAACUCCGGCCUGGUGGCUGGGUGCCGCCCUCAACACAGAGACAGUUUGGCAGCUCUGCCCUUGCUUCCUGCCCCUCUGGAUGGGCCAGGCUGGUUCCUGACUACCAAGGAGAUCCCUGGUCCCCAGGAGGCCCCGGGGACUGGGCAGGUAAUGAUGGAGUUUUAGCUGAGACCGGAGGGUGGGUCGCAAGAGCUGCUGCUCUAUUAGCCUGAUGCACCCUUCAGCUCACGGGGCCCCGGUGUCUCCAUUUCAAGAGGGGGUGGUGCCUCCAGCCCACUCCACUCCCACUGGGCUUCACUGAAGGGUAGGGCAGGAGCUUUGUUCUAUUCUUGGAAUAAAUGUUACUGCAAUCUUAGAAAUA